AUGAAAUCUCGGACGAAUGGUUUAAAGGAAAGUCCUGAUUUUUCAGCAAGUAGUUCAGCAGAAUAUAGCGAAAGUGAUGAUGACAGUGAUCGACAUUCAACAACGUCAUUAGUCGAGGUACAUUCAAGAGACAGGAGAAGUCAAAAUGGGAAGAGAGGAAAAGAACAAAAGCGAAGAGAGUUCGAGCAUUCCGAUGAUGACAGCUUACCCGUAAAAUUCAGUCGGAAAAAUGACGAGUAUUUCAGAAGACAAGAUUCGUCAUCUAAUCGUGGCCAUCGAUUUUAUCAGUCACAUCGUUCACGAUCGCCGAAAGUUCAAGAUGGAAAUCAAAGACGAACUGCAAAACGUGGUGAAGAAUAUAGGAGACGAAGUCGUUCUAGAGAAGAUUAUAAGAGAAGAAGCAGUCGUUCAUGGUCUCAUGAACGGUGUUAUGUAUCUAAAUCUUGGAAAAUGCCAAGGUCAUCACAUUCGCCAGCCUUCACAGAACGUGGAGAUAUCAAAAAAGAAUUCAGCGGUGACGAAAGCAGUGAUCAUCAAGAGUUGGAUGCACGAAAAAAGAAUGCACGAGAAGAUGCUAUCUGGACAGAACGUCGCAAGGAGCGUGAACGACGUUGUGAAUGGGGCGUACGCAGUGUUUGGGGACGUUCUCCUCUUAUGCAUGAAAUACACCAAGUAUAUGAGGAGUAUGAAAGAGUGGAGGAAGAGCUUCGAAAGGAGGAGGAACAGCUACCACAACCUUUGAAUAUUAAGGCUGCUGAAAUAGCAAAAAAAUCGAGAAAAGAGAAAGGAAAGAAAAAGAAGCACAAGAAAAAACAUAAAAAAUCAUCGAAUGAGAGUGAAGAAGAAUGGGUAGAAGUGACAGCUGAAAUGAGAGAAGCUGAAGCAGCCCGAGAGAAAUUAGAAGAAGCUGCAAUGAUAGGACCCGCAAUACCAGAUCAUCUUCAACAGAAACAUGCUGCUUUAAUCGAUACUACAAAAAGAGUGAACUAUGGGAAGGAUAUGUUACGGGGAGAAGCAGCAGCGAUGGCUUCUUAUAUUGCACAAGGAAAACGAAUACCUCGACGUGGUGAAAUAGGUCUUUCAUCAGCAGAAAUUUCAGAAUAUGAAAAAAUAGGUUAUGUGAUGAGCGGUACAAGGCAUAAAAGUAUGGAAGCAACUCGUUUGAGAAAAGAAAAUCAGGUUAUGACAGCUGAAGAGAAACGUCUUUUGAGUGGUUUUACUCAUGAUGAACGAAAGAAAAAAGAAGAAAUUGUGUUGCAGCAAUUCAGAAGUUUUAUCGAAUCAAAGAAAGGGAAAAAUUAG